UAUUCGAUUUGGUUUUCAAACACCCCUAAUCCCAAAUAUUAACGGCUUUCCAAUUUCUCGAACAUCUUCUACCAGAAUCGCGCAAAGUACUGUCCUUCCUUCAACCUUGAUAUUCCCUGGAUUCAUCCUUCUGUUAUUGAUUCAAAACCCACAUAAUCUAUUUUGUGUUCUAUUCUGUCACUCGUGUCUUUUAAACCUUAAAUAAUUCUCACUUAUUUCAUGUCUUACUAUUCAUGCACGCAACAUGUUUGUUAAAUUGCACAAACUAGUCCUAACAUAAAACCUCUUGUUUUCAUCUCUUAUUUAUCAUCCAUGCACGCAACGUGUUUGUUAAAUUGAACACCCUAAUGCAAUGCAAUCUCUCAAGAUACGCUCUCUUCUCUUUUAUCCUCCUUUCUCUUCCAACUCACUUCAAUCCUUUCUCCUUUCAUUUUCAACGGCUUCUUCAUCAUCCCCAAAAACCCAAUACUCAAAAGAAGCCACUUCUCUAUUUGACUUCCUUAAUUCAAACUUCAAAUUAUCUAAAUCUCAAUCCAUUUUUAUCUCUAAACGUCUUUCACGAACCACCCUCCCUCAAAACCCCAUGUCUGUGAUCAACUUUUUCAAACAAACUGGGUUUACUCAAACUCAGAUUCAAACCAUCAUUCGUCAGAGAAGUCAAGUACUGUUUUCAGAUGUUGAUAAAACUCUCAGACCUAAAGUUGAUCUCUUUCAACAAUUGGGUUUUCAGGGUUCUGAUUUAAGCGGCUUUAUUUCUAUGUAUCCAACCCUUUUGACUGCUAGUUUGAAAAAACAGUUGGUUCCCUCGGUGGAAGCUGUUAAGAAAAUUGUACACAAUGAGAAAGAUCUUAUUCAAGUUUUGUACAAAUGUGGUCGGUUACUUCCAAUGUACCAACUAUUUGUUUCCAACAUCGCUUUCUUAGAGAGUUGUGGUAUUGUUGGGGACCAGGUUUUGAUUCUACUCAAACGACAAUCGAGACUUUUGAGUUUACCACAAUCUGCUGUUAGAAACCAUGUUUUGCAAGCUGUAGAAUUGGGCUUCCAUCAAAAUUCAAGAAUGUUGAUUCACGGGCUUCAUACGAUAAGCAGUUUGAGCCAUAAAACAUUUGAGAGAAAGUUGGAUUUAAUUCAGAGUUUUGGGUUUUCUAAAGAUGAGACCUUGCAAAUGUUCAAAAAGGCUCCAACUUUGCUUAGGGUAUCAGGCAAAAAAUUAGAGGCUGGAAUUGAAUUCUUCUUACAUACAGUUAUGCUGCCAAAGUCCGUACUGGCUAACCGGCCCAUGAUUUUGAUGUAUAGCAUUGAGGAUCGAGUGUUUCCUCGAUAUAGAGUUUUUCAGCUUUUGAAAUCACAAAAUCUUUGUAAGGUUCCCAGUUUUGUUUAUGUGUUAUGCUUGCCCGAGGAGAUGUUCUUGAACAAGUAUAUAUCAAAGUUUAAAGAAAAUACCGAGGCAUUAUUAAUAGCUUACAAGGGGCAUCAUAUAGCUGGUGGCACGAUGUAACGAAAGGAAGGAUUGGGGUGCUCGGAUUAGGACGAAGCAUUGAGGCUGCAUUUGAACAGUGUUGAAAGCUUUCAUUAGCAGAUUUUAACCAAUUAAUGUCUGUUGAUUUUUAAUAGUUCCAUUGCUGCCUUCUGUAUAAUUUUGUUUAUUUUGGGGAUAACAGUGCUUUUAAGAUGUUGGAUGGAGUUUAUAAGAGCAACAAUUCUGCAGGCCCAAAAAGUAUGUUUUUUUCGAAUGUGUAUUAUAUAUGUUAAUUUGAAAACGACAUGGGUGCUGGAAAUGUUCCACACUACUUUUUGCUAAAGACAGCUUCAAGAAACUAAUAGUAGAGAUUGUGUAUUUAGAGGCUCUAAAAAAAUUUCAUCAUUUGUUACAUGCGAGAAAAAAAAGAAAUGCAAAAAAAGACUUUGCCAGCAAUCUGAAGUUGAAUGAUUUUUGGAUGGGUCUUUUGAAUGAUAAAAAUAAAACCUCUGGUCCUCGAGAUCUAACUCGCCCGACUUAGUGAUGUAGUGGUCGGUACUCUGGUCAAAAUGGUCCUUAGUCUAGUGAAGAUGAAAUUUCGAAACCAUCUCCAUCUUCUCACUCUCAUCUCAUCCUCCUUGAGACACAU